ACUUUCAAAAAAUAUUACUAUUUAUUUCCUUUCUCUUCUUUCUCUCUUUCUAUUCAGAAAAACAAACAAUUUUCAUACUUCACCCUAGAUUUCCUCUUCUUAGCAACAAAGAGGAACAACAACAACAAUGGCUUUCUCUUCCUUUCUCGGAAGAGUUCUCUUCGCUUCCAUUUUCAUUCUCUCUGCUUACCAAGAAUAUAACGAAUUUGGAGUUGAGGGGGGUCCUUCUGCAAAAGCACUGAAGCCAAAGCUUGAUUCCUUUGCACAUCGAAUCCAUUCUCAAGUUGGCUUUCAACUUCCAGAGAUUGAUAUUAAACUUGUAAUUACUGGGGCUAUUGCUCUGAAGGGCCUUGGAGGGGUUCUUUUCAUAUUUGGAAGCUCUUUCGGAGCUUUGCUGCUGCUUCUGCAUCAGUUGAUUGCUACUCCAAUUCGUUAUGAUUUUUACAAUUAUGACAACGAGGACAAAGAAUUUACUCAACUUUUCAUCAAAUUUACACAGAACAUGGCUCUUUUUGGAGCUUUGUUGUUUUUCAUUGGGAUGAAAAACUCCAUUCCUAGAAGACAACCAAAGAAGGCUCUAAAAACAAAAACCUAUUAGAUGCAGCACUGUACAACCCCUCUUCAAAGAGUGUCUUGGGUUGUUUCCUGGUUCUUCACUGUAUCCAUUCUUCGAUCAUCCAGGUUUCGACUGGGUACACUCUCUGGUUCAGUUGAGUUUUGUAAUUUUAUCUUCACUCAGAUUAAAUUAUUGGCUAGUAAGUAUUAUUGUUAUUUAAUUAUUAUUUUUGUAUGAAUGUUAGCACGGUUUUAGGAACUAUCUUUAAAUUGCUAGACUUAUGUUUCAAGUGGUGAAAACAAAAGGAUCAGAGCCUUUGCGUUCUUAAACUUCAGAAAGCCAAUUUCAUUACCAUGGAUUUUUUUUUCUCUGUUUAA